GGAAGGGGUGAGGUGGGGAUUCGUUUUCAAAUCAGAAUCAUAUGAAAAAAAAAAAGCAAAAAAAAAACAAAACUUUAUUCACCCGUCCCAGCAAACAUUGUUUAACAGUGUUUCUGAUGGCCUCUUUGAUGCUUUCAAUACUACCACCACAACCACAACCACUACCACUACCACUACCACCACCACUAGCAACAACAACAACAAGAACAUCAACAACUAUUAUCACAGCAGCAACAUCAUAAAAUGAAAUGUAAUAAAAUACAUAAAAAAAAAACCAACAAAAAAACAAGCAAAACAAAACAAAAUACAUAAAUCAAUAAAUAAAUAAAUACAUAAGUAAAACAAACGGGGGAAAUAUCAGAAUAUGAAAAAAAACAGCAAAAAAAUAUAAAUAUAAAAUUCUAAAGGAAAAAAAACAAAAAAAACUUACACAUACAUAUAUAAAUACACAAAAUUAUAUAUACAAAAAAAAAAUACAAAAGGAAUUAUAAAAAUAAUCUAAAAGAAGGAAACGGUGGCUUUGAACACGUGGGUGUCUUGUCCCAAAACAGAAGGAAAACGUUGCCAAGUUUUGCUUGAAUUCUCAAUAUGGAAACGCGUCGUUUUUUUAUCAGGCUGUUUUUUCUGCUUACCUUCUUCCAGAUGGUUCUUCAAUUAGAGGGAUCCGUUGUGUGUUAUAAAAAAUUCCGUAAACGACGAGGAGUUUGUAAACGACCGUUAAAGAGACAAGUCUAUUCAACAGCCAUUCAGUGUUGUAGUGAUCGGGGUUCUGGUUGGACAAGGAAAGUGCAUAAAGUCGGGAAGAACUCCUACCAGUGUACAUCUUGCGAAAUCUGGAAGAAAUUUUCCCUGCCACCUCCUGAUGCUGUCAAACCUACUCUUGCCCCCUGGGGAGAAUGGACUGAGUGUACAGUGACUUGUGGGGCCGGAUGGCGGUCGAAGUACCGACAGUGUCCUACAUGCAGGCCCGAUGAUUACAGAAACCGGCUCUUCCAGCCUUGCAUGAUCAGAAGUUACUGUCCAGAAUAA